AUGUCACGCCUCUUGCUAUUCGCAUUUCGCAAACUCCUCAACACCUUCAUCCGUACCGCAGGAAACGAUCCACUACUCGCCAACACCCAUGGACUCUUCCAAGAAAGUCCUACCGAACCACCCCAAAAUGUGCUAGAAUUGACCUUGGCCAUUCUAGGACUGUCCCUCGAAUUCAUAAUCCGCUAUAUCAUCGGCAACCGUGUGAUGUCCCUCCUCAUUCUCGACACCAUCGAUAGCAACCCUCCCAACCCCAACAAGGACAGGGACAAGGACGACAACAAGAAAUCAAAUCCAAAGCCUACCACCACCCGCAACCUCCUUCAAACCCUCACCACCCUCCACCGCGAAGAAGGACUUGUCUCCCUCAUCAACGGCUUCCAUUACACCAUCUACUACAAUCUGAGGUACUUUAUAGUCACAGGUCUGCUCACAUCGCCUAUCGCACGCUUCCCUGAGCCGCUCGCACACAUCAUCGCCUCCGUCGCUCUCGCCGAAUUCCAUUUCUUCCGGACAGCAGGAGCUAUCCUCCCUCCCGCUGAGCAGAUGCGCUACGUGCCUCUUAGUCUUGAUUAUUAUCGGUGGAAAGCUCUUCUCCUGCCGACGCUGCUUUACGCUAGUGCUGAGACGAUCAUGAUGUAUGUGCCGGAGUUACUUCUUGCCCCGGUUCGAUUCGAUCGUGUGCUGCUGCAGCCGGAGGACUUGACGGAUGUUACUUCCCUCGUGAGAUCCGAUGUUCUUGUCGCGGGACUUAUGCUCGUUGCUCAGGUUCUGGUUUUGCUUCCGGCGUGUAUUGUGCUUAUUGUGGUGGAGGGGAGCUUGGUAACGGGGGAUUGUGAGACGUUGAUACCUUUGCCGGGGGAGGGUGAGAAGAUGGGGGAUGGUGAUAACCAGGUUGUUUUGUGGAAGGAGGAGGAUGAGAAUGACAAUGAGGAUGAGGAGUACCCAAAGCAGAAAGGCAGGCUCAUCAAAGACCUCUUCAGGUUCAAGGGACCAUUGCAUGUGCUUAAUGUAUUGGAGAUGAUUAGUGUGAGGCAGUUGCUGUAUUGUUUCGAGUUGCAUGGGAAGAUGUGUUUGUGUGUGGUGGGAGUUGCUACGGCGGUGCAGUCGGUGAUGUAUUUGGUGUCGUAG